AUGGCCGCCGCAUCAUCCGAGUCGUCGCUCCCCGCCCUCGUUUUCGUGCCUGGAGAGUGGCACGGACCAGAGAUAUUCGAUGAGGUACGGUCAAACCUCAAUGAGCGGGGAUACAUCACGGAGGCAGCAACAUUGGCCACUCACGGCGCCACGGAUCCCAACGUAGGCCUGGCAGAAGACGUAGCCAAUAUACGCUCAACGAUCGAGAAGCUGGUCAAUGAGGGCAAUGAUGUGGUAGUGGUAGCCCACUCGUACGGAGGCGUGCCUUCUUCGUGCGCUGUUGAGGGCCUCGGGGUGAUUGAUCUGGGGGCUCAGGGAAAAAAGGGCGGCGUGAUCAUGGUCGUAUACGUGACUUCUUUUGCCAUUGAGUCAGGGUCAAGUCUCUUAGAGAGCGUGGGAGGAGCUCACCCACCCUGGUGGAAUGUGCAGGUGAGCAUGAAAUUCCGGGUUGUGUUGCUGACAAGACUGACGAGCCUGAACCCCAAGGGAGAAUUUGUCACCCCAAGUGACCCAGCUAUUUUCUACGGCGAUGUCGAGCCUCCAAAGGCAGAGAAGCACAUCCAAGCCAUUCGCUCAAUGCCACUCAAGGCCUUCAAGGACAUUUCCACUUUCACACCAUGGGAAAAUGGCAUCGAGGUUGGAUACAUCUACGCAGAGGAGAACCAGGCAGUUAGCCUUGACAUUCAAAUUGAGCUGUCUUCACAACUCCCCGCUAGCUCGUUCACCGAGAGCCUGAGCUCAAGCCACAUGCCGUUCUUGAGCAUGCCGGAGACACUGUCCGACACUAUCGACCAGGCGGCCAAGCGCGCAGUUGCUCGGAAACCUCGAUAG